GGAUGCUGCAGAUGACCUGCUGCUCUACUGUAAAAUGCAUACAAGGCAAGCCCGUGCAGGGCUGUCCAAGAAACCCCAUCGACGAGACAAAACUCGAGGCGUGAACGUGGCAGCCAUUUUACAUCAUCAAGAGUGAAUGACUGAAGCCGGACCAGUGCCGGGAGUUUUACACUUUUCUCUCUUUUUUCAGUAUCACAUUUAUCUUCCUAAAUAAUCAGCACCAUACACGUUGGUGUGCCAGCGGCAGAUUUCUGGAGACAUGGCCACAGAACAUAUUAAUGGAAAUGGUCCAGAAGAACCAAUGGACACCUCUGCAGUUACCCAUUCUGAGCACUUCCAGACUUUAUUAGAAGCUGGUUUACCACAGAAAGUUGCUGAAAAACUAGAUGAAAUUUACCUAGCAGGUUUGGUGUCACACAGUGAUUUAGAUGAUCGAGCAAUUGAGGCGCUGAAAGAAUUCAACGAGGAAGGUGCUCUCCAAGUCCUUUUGCAAUUCAAGGACAGCGACCUCUCACAUGUUCAGAACAAAAGUGCCUUUCUUUGUGGCGUGAUGAAGACGUACCGACAGAGAGAGAAACAAGGGACCAAAGUGUCAGACACCAACAAAGGACCAGAUGAAGCCAAAAUCAAAGCUUUGCUAGAGAGGACUGGCUAUACACUUGAUGUGACGACAGGACAGAGGAAGUAUGGUGGUCCCCCACCAGACUCUGCCCACUCAGGGGCACAACCCACCAUCGGUACAGAGAUUUUUGUAGGAAAAAUCCCCAGAGAUCUUUUUGAGGAUGAGCUGGUUCCACUGUUCGAGAAAGCUGGCCCCAUAUGGGACUUGCGCCUGAUGAUGGAUCCCCUCAGUGGCCUGAACAGAGGCUAUGCCUUUGUCACUUUCUGCACUAAAGAAGCUGCACAGCAGGCUGUCAAAUUGUGCAACAACAAUGAAAUUCGACCAGGCAAACACAUCGGUGUGUGCAUCUCUGUGGCCAAUAAUAGACUGUUUGUUGGCUCCAUCCCCAAGAGUAAAACGAAAGAGCAGAUUGUUGAAGAAUUUGCAAAAGUAACAGAGGGUCUAAAUGAUGUCAUAUUGUACCACCAGCCAGAUGACAAGAAAAAGAAUCGGGGCUUUUGCUUCCUUGAGUAUGAAGACCACAAGACAGCAGCUCAGGCCCGCCGCCGACUAAUGAGUGGCAAGGUCAAAGUCUGGGGAAAUUUGGUUACAGUGGAGUGGGCUGAUCCCAUUGAGGACCCAGACCCAGAAGUCAUGGCCAAGGUCAAGGUGCUGUUUGUCAGAAACUUGGCGAGCACUGUUACAGAAGAGAUACUUGAAAAGACCUUUAGCCAGUAUGGCAAGCUGGAGCGAGUGAAGAAGUUGAAAGACUACGCCUUUAUCCAUUUUGAGGAAAGAGAGAGUGCUGUGAAGGCUUUGGCUGAUCUUAACGGCAAAGACCUUGAAGGAGAGCAUAUUGAAAUUGUCUUUGCCAAGCCCCCUGACCAGAAGAGGAAAGAACGCAAAGCCCAGAGACAAGCCGCUAAAACACAAAUGUAUGAUGAAUACUAUUAUUACGGGCCCCCUCACAUGCCACCACCAACAAGAGGCAGAGGACGAGGCGGUCGGGGAGGUUAUUCUUAUCCUCCUGAUUAUUACGGCUAUGAAGACUAUUAUGAUUACUAUGGAUAUAAUUACCACAACUACCGGGGCGGCUACGAUGACCCAUACUAUGGCUAUGAGGACUUCCAAGUGUCUGGGAGAGGAAGAGGAGCAAGGGGAGGAGUCCGUGGCAAUGCCAAUCAGACCAGGGGCCGCGGUGCUGUCACACCGAGGGGACGAGUUGGCUUCUCCCAACGAGGAGGCCUCGGAACAAUCAGAGCAGGGAAAAGGGGCCGAGGGCGGUCCUGACCUGUCACAGUGGAUACUGACUUGAUAUGUGGGGUUACACCGUAAGCUGCAAUGGAUGUCGAAACAACAAGCAUGAGAAAAAGGUCCAAUGAUAUUCCAGCCUUACAAGAAGAAGCAUCUCCCUUCCUCUAUAUUUUAACUCACUUUAGCCCUUUUCAGACAAUGCAUAACCAUAAUCUUAGUGGUGACAUUCUGUCGAUCAGACAUGGGUCACUGUUCCUCAUGGCAUCAUUCAGACAUGCCCAUGCUGUGAAAGAAGAAAGCCACGGUACAUGCACAAUAAUGCAUGGAAAAGAAUUGUUGCUUUAUGGCAACACAUUUUGUCAGCAUCAACUCAAAAUGUAACCACACUUUUGAAUGCUCUCUCUCUUUCUCUGUGCUGUUAAGCUCUGUACCCUGCCUCUUCCACUUAGGGUCUGCGGUAUAUCUCUUCUGGAUUGGAAAUGAUGAAAAUGCAUCAUGAAGAAAUGUCUUAAUCUUAAUGCAGAUUGGAAACAGAAGAGAUAAAAUGUCAUAGUGUAAGUUUUUGCUGUUGAAAUCUGAGUGGACAGAGCAGUUCAGAGAUCGUAGAUGUGAACAGUCAAAAUCUUGGGUUUGCCCAUCCGUUAAUGUUGCUGCACACACUUGAGCCUUGCGCUGUGUUGCAAAUCUUGUUACUAGGCCCAACCUAGUAAGCUUACCAAUGCAACUUUUAUGGAAACCUGGGUGCUCGUUCAAACACGAAGCCACCACAUUCAGAUUAUUGGAGAGUAGCGCAUGUCCGAAAAGGGCUUUACUUUUUUGUGUUUUGAAACUGCCACCUUAUAAAAUGAACGGAGGAGUCUGAAUACUUGCCACAGCCUCUUUGCUCUAAGUCCCUGUUCCUAGACCUGAUUUACAGGGACUUAUGAAUUGCCCUUACAAUCUACCCCUUCCCUGUCCCUGAACAUGCCAUUUUUUUUUUUUUUUUUUUUUUUUUUUUUUUUUUUAAAUGAAUGACGAAAUUGCACUUUUUAAGUUCUUAGGUUUGAAGUGGCUCAAAGGAGCUUGAUGCUAUUGUAUAUUUUUGUGCUAAUCGCAAUUUUUAUUGUCGGAAUAUCCAUGUUAAUCUUAAUUGUUUGAUCUGGAUGUUUGAAAGAGAACAUUUGCAGGGUUUUAGGGUGUACCCACCUGGCAUGGAUAAGUCAGGCAUUCCAGGAAAGUGGUUCUUUUCAGAACUUGUCUUUAAAGGGUUGGUUGACUACCUCAGUACAGAGGACUAAACUACCCGGCCUGUACUGUAAAUAGGGAAACUAUAUUGAUGAAAGCAGGGCUUGUUUUCAUAUAAAAUAUGCACAAGAGCUGCAGCGCAAAAACGAUGUACUUAAUGUAAUAUAGUCCUUUUAGCUGCAGCUCUGCAGACUGCAAACAGUCACACCGGGCAUGCAAAACAAUCUCAUAUGAUGAGUCUAAACAAGCCCUGCUUUUAUCCUAUUUUGAACUGAAUUAGCCGCCUUGCUUCUUCAGAGUAUGUAGUUACUGGUUGUAUAGUUUUUCGGAAAAUGUUACUUUUGUAAAGGCUUCAACAUCACAGGCAUCCAACUGCCUUUGAUUUAAAAAAAUAAAAAAUAAAAAUUUAAAAAAACAAACAAAAGUAAAGCCCUGCAGUGUCCCUUUUGUGCCACUGUAUUCUUCCAGUGGGUUUGUUUUUAUAUCAAUACAUCACAUUUUCAGACAGCAUCAGAAUAAUGUAAAAGAGGCUAAUCCAAUCCUUCAUCUCAUAAGAUCAUGUUAAUCUUGAAUGAUCCCUCCCCAUUACAGCAACUAUAUAGAAGAUCUUUGGAGUUAAUCUUAAUGGAUGCCAUAUUGCCCAGCCAGUGAGCAUGUGUGCCUAACAUUAGCUGCUAUGGUUUGGUGAGGGAUCAUGGUCUCAUAGUGGUAGAAGGGAUACUGCAGUGAACGAUUUCUACUUCCAGGUAUAGCAUAAAGGAAACUGCUCUUCAAUCCCAGUUUUCUAUACAGUUAACUCCCUCAGUAAAAUCAUAACAACCACCUUUUGAAAAAAAAAAAAAA